AUGCGCGGAGCUGGCUGUACCAUCAAUGACCUCUGGGACCGCAAUCUGGAUCCUCACGUUGCACGGACACGACUCCGGCCGAUUGCUCGCGGCGCCAUCACCCCUUUCAAGGGUUUGGUGUAUACGGGUGCACAACUUCUCGCUGGACUUGGCAUUCUUGUCCAAUUCCCAUACGAAUGCCUUUUCUACGGGAUCCCCAGCUUGUUGUUUGUGGCAUCUUAUCCUUUGGCCAAGAGAGUAACGUACUACCCUCAGGCGGUACUCGGGCUUACAUUCUCAUGGGGGGCGAUCAUGGGAUUUCCGGCAUUGGGUGUCGACCUUAUUUCCAACCAGGCGGCUUUGGCAGCUGCUGCACUGCUGUACUCGUCCAACAUCGCCUGGACAGUGCUUUAUGACUUUAUCUAUGCACACAUGGACAUCAAGGAUGAUGUCAAGGCUGGAAUCAAGAGCAUUGCUCUGGCACACGAUGGCCAAACGAAGCAGAUCUUACUUGGCCUCGGCGCCACUCAAAUUGGUCUACUGGCCGCAGCUGGCGUCGCCUCCGGAGCCGGUCCGGCAUUCUUCAUUGGAAGCUGUGGUGGAGCGGCACUGACGCUGGGCUACAUGAUCAAGAAGGUCAAUCUAAAGAGUGUCAAGGACUGUUGGUGGUGGUUCGUCAAUGGUUGCUGGCUGACAGGUGGGGUCAUCAGUGCUGGGCUGGCUGUCGAUUAUGCCAUCAGAUACGCUCAAGAAGGCAAGGAGGAGAGCAUCAAGCAGGAGUGA